AUGGGCAGUCGCCUCGAGAAGAACUCCUCACAGGUGAGGAAGAGGAUUGAGAACCAUGAGUUCACCGAUGAGACUGGCGAAGAGUAUGAGCAAAGCGCUUUCGGCGGCUUUGGUGACUACUUUCGUCGGAAAAAGAUCAAGCUUCAAAACUUGGACGCCGACAUGCGCGCCGCUUCAAGCGACAAGCCUCAAAUAUUCAAAGGGGUCGUUGCGCACGUUAUGGGCUACACGCAACCGCCCCUUCAUAUCUUACACCGCGAGCUUGUUCAACAUGGUGCAGGCUUCUUGCAGUACCUGGAUUCAAAGACCAUGGCAACACACAUAAUAGCGUCCUCUGUUCCGCCUAAGAAGUCCGUGGAUUACAGCAGGUAUAGAUUGGUCAAACCAGCCUGGGUGACGGACUCAAUCCAGGCUGGGAGACUCCUUCCUUGGUCGGAUUAUCGAAUAAACAACCAAGAUGGGCCGCGGCAGAAGAUCUUCAAGAUUGACGAAUCUAAUAAGCUCAGCCAAUCGACACCACAAGUGAAAAGAGGUUACAAGGACCAGACUGAUGUUAGCUUCUACACGAGCCAGUUCAAGGGGUCUACUGCAAGUCCCGCGACGCCCUCCUUAAGUCGUUUCGCUGAACGGUCUGAGUCCCCGCUCGCUCAACACCAUGGCCAAAACUCGUACAGCCCAGCUCUAUCUCAGGCUAUGAAGAAGCCACCACUGAAGCCGAAGGAUAAUGUCGAAGAGUUCGAUGACAUGGAGAUCGACGAGCUUAUGGUCGGCAUAGUUCCAGAGGAGGAAAAGGCAGUUAAAGCGGAAAAGGUCGAAUCAAAAACUGCAUCAUCGACAGUUGACGAAGACACCAUUGGGAGAACCGAUGAAGCCAAGCAGGAACAGAAAAUGUCAGAGAAUAUGACGUCCGAGGAACACAACGCUAUACUUCUCUCAGAUCCCAAGAUCUGGAAAUCAUCAACAGCGAACCCAGAGUUCUUAAAGCAGUUCUACUCGGAAAGUCGUCUUCACCAUCUUUCGACCUGGAAAGCCGAACUGAAGUCGAAAAUGCAGAAUCUCGCCAAGGAAAAAGGGCCAUCUCUCAAGUCGGUGCGGAGGAGGCCAGGGUCACGGCGGUACGUUAUCCACGUCGAUUUUGACAGCUUCUUUUGUGCCGUUUCCCUCAAGAAGAACCCACAAUACGUCGACAAACCUACUGUAGUUGCUCACAGCAGCGGCACCGCCUCGGAGAUUGCAAGUUGUAACUACGUUGCGCGCAAAUUUGGAGUCAAGAAUGGAAUGUGGAUGAAGCGAGCACUUGAGCUGUGUCCCGAUAUCAAAGUCUUGCCGUACGAUUUUCCUGCGUAUGAAGAAGCCAGUCGACUGUUCUACGAGUCUAUCCUCGAUAUUGGAGGGGUUGUCCAGAGUGUCAGCAUCGAUGAGGCCCUCGUCGACAUCACGUCAAUAAUUCUUUCCUCCGCCGGAUCCGAUGGCGCUGGGGUUGACGAAGGCAGUGUUUGGAGAGAACAGGAAAAGGCCGAGGAGAUUGCUCUGGCCCUGCGUAACAAAAUCAAAGACGCGACUGGCUGCGCCGUGUCAGUUGGAAUUGGGGCCAAUAUUUUGUUGGCCAAGGUCGCGUUACGAAGAGCGAAACCCGCCGGGCAAUUCCAAAUUAAGCCGGAGCAGGUGUUAGAGGUCAUCGGUGAACUUGAGGUGAAAGACCUGCCUGGGGUCGCCUACAGCCUCAGUGGAAAGCUCGAGGAGAUUGGUGUCAAAUUCGUCAAAGAUAUCCGGCAAGUAUCCAAGGAGCGGCUUUCUUCUUCGCUUGGGCCAAAGACGGGAGAGAAGCUUUGGGAGUAUGCCCGCGGCAUUGACAAAACCGAAGUGGGUGAACAGACACCCCGAAAGUCCGUCUCCGCUGAGGUCAACUGGGGCAUUCGCUUCAUCAACCAGCAGGAAGCCGAGGAGUUCAUCCUCAACCUGUGUAAAGAAUUGGAGAGGCGACUGCUCAGCGAAGAGGUCAAGGGCAAGCAGUUUACUAUGAAGAUUAUGCGCCGAGCCCAAGACGCACCCCGAGAUCCACCGAAGCAUUUGGGACAUGGGAAGUGCGAUUCGUUCAGCAAGAGCGUUUUGUUUGGAAUUGCAACUCACAACGCCGAAACCAUUUCCAAGGAAGCUGUCUCAAUUCUUCGAUCAUACAAGUUUACCCCGGGUGACCUUCGAGGUCUUGGUGUCCAGUUGACAAAACUGGAGCCUCUCAAAUCUAGCACCACUGGGCUAGAGAGCAGCCAACGACGGUUGGCGUUCCCCAAUUUUGGUGGCCAACCGUCGACAAAGAAGGCACAGGUAGAUCCGAUCGAGGAUUCAAAGAGUCCUCAGAAGACAAGGGAUGCACAAACUCGGGGCGAUGUGUCUCUGGAUCCCAUCGCAGAUGACCCGUUAACCCCAAGAAAGCCCAAAGUGCAUCCUGCUUUGUCUUUAGCACGGGCCGGCGAAAGGGAUAAAAAGGCCCACACUCCUCUCAACAUCAUGGGCACUCAAUUCAUCCUCCCCUCUCAAGUUGACCCCGCGGUGUUAGCUGAGUUGCCAGGCGAUAUUCGGGCUAAGCUUCUGAGAGGCUCAAGGCCAAAGCCGGAGCCUAGACAGACAUCUCCCCAAGUGAAGUCGCGGAGUAAUAGUCCGGCGGUUCAGGAUGAGAUGAUCCCAUCCCAGGUCGAUCCAGAGGUCUUCAACGCUUUGCCGGAUGACAUGAAAGCUGAGGUCUUGGCGCAGUAUGGACGCAAACCGGUGCAACAAACCCGUUUGCCGCAAUCACCACGCAAGGACCGGCUGAUUCAGGGAAAGAAGCCAAUAACGCCGACAAAGCGAGGCAAGAACUUGUUCAACGCCAGGGAGAGGCAGCAGGAUGCAUCUGCCAAUCGCCAGCAGACGAACUUCUUGGCGAACAAAGGCCCUGCGAAUGUCGCCCAGGAAGAAGACCCAGAAGAGCUAGAUCAAGCAUUCCUGGCAGAGCUCCCAGAGGACGUCCGGAAGGAGAUCAUUGAGGACCACCGGAAGAAGCGGCUGGCAAAACGAUCUGGUCUUCUCUUCAACGCUCCCCGAAGGCAACAAAAUGGCGAGUCGAGCGACGCCGCGCCCGCCGGACAGACCAAGCUGCAUUUCCCUGCGCCGCCGCCCAAGAUGAGCUUUAUGGGUUCCGCCGUGAAGUCGAUCCAGGAGAUCAAGGACAUGCUCGAAGCCUGGCACGACGGGACGCGGUACGAUGGGCCGCAUCAAGAUGAUGUCAAGGUCUUUGAGAAGUAUCUCGCCAGGGUCGUCUCGGAGGAGCGAGACAUGCACAAGGCUUCGAAGCUGGUGCGGUGGCUCGACUGGCUGGUGGAGGACGACGGCAGCGAGGGACGGGGCAAACAGGGGUGGAGGAAGACGGUCGCGGAUAUCAAAGCGGCCGUCCAGAUGGCUGUUGAGCAGAGAGGCUUGGGCCCUGUGAGAUUGUAA